AUGUCGGCGCAAUCUGUGCAGGCCGAGGACGCCUACUUCUCGUCCAACCCGCAGCCGCGGCUACUGGCGUCUCACCUAUCGCAGGCGUCGACCUUUAUCAACGCCCACGCGGCGGCCGGGCACCGCGUCGUGCUCAUCACCUCGGGCGGCACGACGGUGCCCCUGGAGAAGCAGACGGUGCGCUUCAUUGACAAUUUCUCGGCCGGCACGCGCGGCGCGACGUCGGCCGAGUAUUUCCUGGCCGCCGGCUACGCCGUCAUUUUCCUGCACCGCGAGUUUAGCCUGCAGCCGUUUUCGCGCCACUACACGCACGCCAAGGACUGCUUUUUGGAUUUCCUGGACGAGGACGAGGACGGGAAGCGGGUGGUGGUGCGCAAGGAGGACCAGGACCGCAUCCGCGGCGUGCUGCGCGAGUACAAGCGCGCGAGGACGAGCAACAUGCUGCUGAUGCUGCCGUUUGUCACGAUUGGCGACUACCUGCACGAGCUGCGCGGCAUUGCGCGUUUGAUGCGUCCGCUGGGACCUCUGGGCCUGUUGUAUCUGGCGGCGGCCGUGUCUGAUUUCUUUGUGCCGCCGGAGCGCAUGUCGGAGCACAAGAUUCAGUCGACUGACGCGGCAAAGGCUCUCCAAGACAAGCAGCAGCAGCAGCAGGCAAAGGGAGACGGCAGCCCGGGGGAUGAAGACGUAGAGGCGUUUGACAACUUUGACGCGCCGCGCGUGCCGCGCUCCAAGCGGCUCGUCGUGGACCUGGACCCGGUGCCCAAGUUUCUCGAGAACCUGGUGGACGGGUGGGCGCCCGAGGGCAUGAUUGUCAGCUACAAGCUGGAGACGGACCCGUCGAUCCUGGUGCACAAGGCCCGCGCCAGCCUGGAGCGCUACCAGCACCACCUCGUCAUCGGCAACCUGCUGACGACGCGCAAGUGGGAGGUGGUGUUUGUGAGCCCGCGGCGGGCGGACCGCUGGCUGCGCGUCGGUCGCCGUCGCGGCGGGGGCUGGGGCGCGGAGGCGGAGGGCAGGCCGCUGCGCGCAGAGGAGCUGCCGCGCGAUGAGGAGCCAGAGGAGGAGAUUGAGGGGCUGAUUAUACCGGCUGUGGCGGAGCUGCACGAUGCGCACAUUGCGUCCAAGAAGGCGUGA